CGACUGGCAGCCCAGGCUGACGAGGCUUGCCUAUCAGGCGUCCUCAAAUGUGCUCCUUGGAGAGCAAUCAGCCAGAGCAAUCAGCCAGGCGAAGUCAUCCUCUCCACAUCUGCUGGAGACCUGAGGGCUUGUUGUCCUGUCGCAGAGCAGCAAUGGAUCGCAACAUCUCCUUCAUGAGGGAUACGUGGAGGCUUACCACCUUCGGUACCAAAACAUCAGCUCAGUCAAAUGUCAGCAACAGCGGUGCAACAUACCAGGGUGUUGGGAUUGUUCCAACAAUCUGCAACAUUACAAUCGCCUGAAGGUGGACUGUGUGUCAGAACCAUACAAGAAUAUCACCUGAACCAUCGAGUCCUCGUUCGGGAUUACAGGCCAGAUCAGUCCCAUCCACCGUGUUAUAUAUGCAAGCAGUUCUGCCAUUGAGGGUUCGUGGCAUUCAAGAUUGCAUUGAGAUCACCAUCCUCCCAGAGACUCCCCUUCGUUGAAUCAACCCAGCUGCUCUGUUCAAAUGGCUAUCAAGGACUCAUUCUUGGCCAACGGGACGGCCCACGUCGUCCAAGGUACGAUAAACUACUACCUUGAUCCUUCAAAAGGCGGUUACACAGAGUUCUACCCACAAACGGCGGGGUCCUUUCGAAGGAAAUACGAUCCGCACCCGGCUCAAGUCGCAGAUAUACGAGGCUUCGAGACAGAAUUCAACCUCGACAAGCACGGCUUUGCGAUUGUGCAGCACGAGAGUGAAGAGAAGGAAUUCGCCGACGAGGAGCAAGUCAAGGACCGUCUUUUCUCCGAAGUUGCCGACCUCUUGAAGGAAGUGACUGGCGCCACCCAAGUGCGUCCAUUCUCCCACCUGGUCCGUCGGCAACGGUGGGAAGAUGCCCAAAAUGCCGUGGAGGGGAAGGAAGACCACGAACUCGUCCGCAAAAAGGUUCCGGCGCGCUUCGCCCAUGUCGAUCAUUCGUACGACGGCGCAGAGCAGAUUCUGCGCGACAACUUGCCGGAUGAAGAGCGCGAGCGACUCAGCAAGACGAGGUGGGCAAUCAUCAACGCCUGGCGUCCUAUUCGCGAGGUCACCCGCGACCCUCUCGCCGUCUGCGACGCGCGCACGGUCGAGGAGGCGGACCUCGUCGGAGUGACCGCGCACACGCCGCCGCCGGAGACCGGCUCGUGCGAAGGCGUCUCGAUGGGCCGACACUUUGAAACGUGGCACGUCAGGGCCAACCCGGCUCAUCGCUGGUACUACAAGAGCCACAUGACGCCGCAGGACGUGCUGCUGCUCAAGAUCUUCGACUCGAAAAGGGACGGCCGCGCCAGGCGGGUGCCCCACACGUCCUUUUACUCGGACGAAGACUACGGUGACUCGAGAAACAGCGUCGAGACCCGGUGCCUGGUAUUUUGGGAGGAUGAGAGUUUCGAGUAAUUAGUGAAACAGGACCACUCCACCGUAGUACCACUACCGAGUGAAAACUUUUCGCUCGGAAGGGGGCCGAAGUGAAAGAGUCAAGCGAGGGCACCGGAGCCAGACCAGGCGCCGUUCCAGAACUACUCGUCACUCAAAAUGGGCGCGGAACAGUGAGCAACAGCUAUUAGUGACAGAAGAUGUUGUGGACGAAGAGGGCAGUCACAGAAAGCACAUUAUUUUGACCACAGACAAAGAAAAAAAAACUCCUAGCUGACAAACAUCGAGAUUGAUCAACCAGGCUCCAUUUGACAGAAUUAUGUUAUCGACUAUCGAAGAGAAAAAAAGCGGUGUUGCAAAACCUGCAGUCGGGUUUUCUUUCCCUGUUUUUCAUGGGACCAUCUCCGUCGUUACCACAUGCGCUAGUAGUAUGUCCAACUUUGCCAGGUAGAAGCCAUAGAAAUUAGAAAAGCCGGC